UCUAGUUUGGCUAUAAAAAUACAUAAAUUUAAAUGUUUUAAUAAUUAUAAAGAUUCAAUACAUGAUUUCAUAUCACAAAUAAACUCAACUAAUUAUUUACCGCAAUGGCGUACUUAACUCAGCCGGAUUAUGUGAAGUACGUGUGUUCUUGUGGUCAACUCAAGCCCAUUACAAAUCUUUAUUUCUGCCGUCAUUGCUUGAAAAUAAGAUGCGGGUUCUGCAUUUGUCAUGAGGUCGACUCGCACUACUGUGCUAACUGUUUGGAGAACAUGCCAUCAUCUGAAGCCAGACUGAAGAAAAAUAGAUGUAGCAGUUGCUUCGACUGCCCUAGUUGUUUCCACACCCUCUCCACGAGGGCUACUCUUGUGCAGCCAAGACCUGACCCUGCUGCGGGUGAUGCAAAAGUUGAGAAUAAACAAGCAAAGAAAAUGUAUUAUUUGUCGUGCUUUAACUGUCGAUGGAGCUCCAGGGAUGUCGGUAUUCCUGAUCAGCCUGUUGCAUCUGGUGGUUGGCCAGAGAGAGUGAACCCUCACGCAGCUCGUGUCAAUCAACUCCUGGAUUUCUACAAGGCCAUAGCACAACAGGAAAAGCAGGAAAAGUUAGACAAGGAGAGGAAGAAGUUUGCUAUAAGGGGAAAAUAUAUUACACUCACUGAUAAAACUGGACUAACUGGUGCUAUGGCUCGGAACAUUGCUGGUCUGCCAUCAAGUGAGAGCUCUUCCCUGGCCAUCGCCAAUUUUGUGCCCAGCCAAGCUAGUGCCGAGGUUGAGGCCCUGCCUGAAGAUUAUUACACUAAGGAGGUUAACUUAAAACAAGUGACGUCAAUGGCGCAGCGUCUAGCCGCCCCGGAGUGGCAGCCGACUAACGCGGCGCGGCUCCACCCGCUGGCCCGCGCGCUCAGCGUCAAGCGCAGCCAGCGCUGCCGGAACUGCGACCACAACCUCACCAAGCCCGAGUACAACCCAGGCUCGAUUAAGUUCAAGAUUGAGCUGCUAGCAUACUAUCAUGUCCCAGAAGUGAAGAUAAUCUCAUACGAGUCUGUAAAGGCUGGUGCGACCACGAGUCUACUGUUGAAACUCGCGAAUCCCACUCCGCAUGAAAUGCAACUAAAGCUACUGCAGCCCCAGGAUGUACCACCCAGGGAAGAGACUGAGCCGACACUUGAUAAAUCACUGGAAAAGUCUCUUAGUUUUGAGAAGGAUACAUCAUGGACUAAGGUGAUCGAGCGCCAGCCCGCCCUGCCCACCGCUAGCCGCGUGCUGGCGCCCGACACCAGCUUCACGCUGGCGCAGCGCGACGACGCCGCCGAAUACGACGAUGACACCCAACAUGACACUAGCGAUAUAAUCCUCUGGCGGAAGUCCAAUAAGCUGGCCUUAAGGCUGCAAGUGCAGACCGACGAUACGGCGAAACCGGGAGAACCUGCUCGCGUGGCGGUCGCUCUGGAAUAUUCCUACCGCAACACCGUCCCGCCCGCCGCUAACGCACCGCCUAGGACUGAUCAUACUCUUUACACCACUCUCAUAUUGGAUCUAGGAGUUGUUGCCGAGUAAUAUUGUAGCUGCUAGCAUGUUGGCUUUUCUAUACAACUCAUACUCGAUGUAGGCUUGAUUGAUGAAUUUAAUCAUAGUAAUAUUGAGAUGAAAAUUGCAUAGUAUGAUAUCAUGAUAAUGUGCUUUAUAAAUUCCUCUAAAGCAUAUUUGAUUUGAACACGGUAGUUAAACUAAGUUUGGUAACUUAUGAUUUAUGAAACACAUUCCAUCAAUCUGAGUAAUCAAAAAUACGAACUCAACUAAAUGAAAUAAAGAAAAAAACAUUAC